AUGUUGCCCAAAUUCUUGCAAAGCAGCUACACUCGCUAUAAGGAUGACACCAACAGCUUUGCAACCUGGCUUCUUAAGGCAGCCGGCAAAUGUGGCUACCAACUCCAGGGCCUCACUUCUGCCGCGCCCACCUCCAAAAAUGGAAAAAGCAAGAGCAGAAAUAAGGCGGCAAAUGACUCAGAUCCAGUCCAUUCUCAUCAUCGUCAAACGAGCGAUCAAAUUGAGGAAACAUGUCACGUCUUGGUUUUGGGGCAAGGCGACUCCGACAAUAACAAGCGACACACUCAUUUUAUCUCCGCACUGGAAAAGGUCUGUGAGACCCUGGAAUGGAAGAUGAACAACUCUUCCAAUCCGGAUAGUAAGCAACCUCCUCCAACCUCCGAAGCCGGAGGUGGCGAUGCCGACCUUGACAUGUUCCUCAACAAAUUUGCUGUACUCACCGUCGAGGAACCACAAGAGACUCACGAGGGACAGCAGAAAUCCCCCGAAUCGAAGCAGGUUGUGAAGGUGGAGAUUGUUGAGAAUGACGAGGAUGAGGACACGAGUUAUUUCCGCCUCGUAUUCUUCAAAACAUACUGCAUGUUCCAGGAUUUGAACAACAUGCGGGCGUUUAUCUCUCAUACCUGGUCAGAGUACCGAGAUAACAAGAUCGAUCUUAUGAACGCUGCUAUCGUGACUGAUAGUGCGUUGCAACUUGCCCGAGAUCUUGUGCAGGAGGUGGUGGACGACUGGAGCACAUCCACCCCCUCUAUCGAUAACCUCCAGGAAAUGGUCUUCAAUGUCGCUUGUUUUACCCGGGGCAUCGAUGCGACUCCAUCUAUUGAAAUCGGCCUACCAUAUAAUAAACACAUGUCCGAUGUAGCCGAGUGGUGCUAUUUGCCAACACGGAUCUUACUGGAAUCAUUCCGAGACGUUCUGCAGGAUAAUCAUCUUCCGGUCUUCAAGAAAGGCUUUUUCGGCACUUACGAUCCCAAGGCUAACAGAGAGGGGAUGUCUGUGGGCCAGAAAUUCAACGAAGACAAAAUCAUUUUUGUCCAGCUAAUGCCAGAGUUCUGCAUGAUCGAUAAGUUUGAUAUUCGUAUGCUUACCUCCGAUGCGAUUACUGCAGGACUUGUUGAGUUUUGCAGGACCAAAAAGGUUACCCUGUGGCUUUGCUUCGCUUCACAGGUGCUCCUUGACGUUCAUCACAUCAUGCGUCACAGCACUUUAGGUGCAUUUGACGACCUGCGGAUGUCUGGACUGCGUAUCACAAAAACCAUCGAUGACUACUUCAAGGGUACCAAAUCACACCCGCAGCCCCAAUUCUGGCCCAAGGAGGGUGAUGAAGAAAUCAAAGAUAUACACUUCACUGUGGCUUCAUGGAUUAUCCAGGACCCCUUCUGGGAACGGAAACGUGUUUCGAUCCCAGGCUAUGAUGCAUCAGAAAAACAUGUGCUUUUCUCCCAGUAUGCCAUCCUUUGUGGAUUGAGCCUGUUUCAUCUCAACACCCGGAUGCAGUCUGUUGGCCAACAGCUUGUGACUCCAUGGUAUGAUGUCCAGCAACUGGCUUUCUUGUACAAUCUCGCAAACACCGAUGGGCAUAUGAACUUGAAUUGGCCUGAUAUGGAAGCGUUUAUUAAGAUUCACGGAGAGUCUCAUAUAUUCAUUGGUUCUCGGCCAAAGAACGCUAGCGAGUCUUUGAAUAGGCUUGAAUUGGCCACAGGCAUAUCGUCCACUGCCAAGUUUGCCCGCGGUUCGCGCAAGAGACAAGAUUUCCAUCGCCCUGAUGGAAAGAAUCCCAGAGUGCUGACGCCAACAACUACGAUCGCGAACUUGUUCCGGGCCCAGUAUGUGCCUGGUUUUAGGGAAGAAGACGGCAUUAGAACAAUUGACAAUGUUCUGGAUACGCUUUCUCAGGAACCGUGUCUCAAGGAGACUAGCAAGGAGCUUCAGCCCUCCGAUCUGCAAGUCAUGUUCCAACAGAAGUGGUCCCAUACCCGAAACAUCGGCACCCUGCAACUUCUUACCCUUUUGAAGAGCAGCUUGUCCAAAGAAGAGCCUUUACUCCUAUUCAACUACUUCGGCAUGCACAAGCGCUCCCUGGAGCUGCUGAGGCUGAUCAGAGCAAAAGAGCACCACAAGUUUGUCCAAUAUUUCACGACUGCGUACAUGCCCGAUGAAUCUCUCAUCUCAAACAUUGUGAUUCUGGUCCACCAUGUUGCGCGAGGCUCGGCACAAAAUGCGCGUGCAUUGGGAAUGUCUUCCAUGGGCAAUGGCAGUCAGAUUUGCAGUCGAAUUGUCAUGAGCUGUGGCGAAGUCAUGCGGAUUAUCUUCGGAAGAAUGGAGAUGUGGCAUGCAAAGAGCUAA